AUGGCCGAGAUAAGCGAGAAAAGAAGGAGAAUAGAAGCAGAAAAUGCACUGACAGAAUUGCAAAUUGAAUAUACAAAUUUGGUCAUUCAGCACGAGUUGGUCAAAAAAGCACUCAAUAAUGCGGAAAAACUUUUGGCUGAAGACAACGAGGAAUAUUUUUCAGAUUUGAGCUACUCUGACUCCGAGGGCGCAACGACUCAAUAUGAGCGGCUGAGAGCUGAAUUUCACGAGCUAAAGACGGAAUUUGAAGACCAACAAGAAGCGUUUCAAAAAUACCGAGAAGAUACCGAGCAAGAUUUCGCCAUCGAGCAAGAUCAAAAAGAGCGAAUGGAAAAACUUGAAGAAGAUCUUUUAUGCUCUCAAAAUCAAAACAGAGAAUUGAGAUCAAGAUUGCAUAAUCUUCAGGAUCGUUCAGAAAAUGAAAAAUUUUACAAAGAAAGAUUCAAAGAAGUGACUGAAGACCUCAUCAGAUCAAAGAGCAUCAUCGAAGUAGAAAAGCGAAACAACACGAUUCUCAGCUCUAAGAUUGAAAUUCUCAAAAAUGUCAAACAUGAGUGUCUCUGCGACUGCUGCGAAUAUGACGAGGAUCAUCAAAGAGACAAAAAAGAACUGUCUGAAAAUACGCUGCAAAAUUCGCUUUUGAAAAUCGAGGAUCUUUCGCUGCAACUGAAAAUGGCGAAUGUAGAAUCAGAAGCUCUUCGUGAAGAGGUCUUUCGGCUGAGAAUUGACAAUGAAAUCAAAUCUACAGAGCUUGAGGUUUUCAAAACGAAAGACUUCAGUCGCAGAGAAACUUGCGAUAAUGCUGUUAUUUUUGAUGCCGAAUAA